GGGGAAGAGGGUGGGGGCUGUUAGGAUGUUAUUUAAGAGCCAACUUUCUUGUCCUUUUAACUGCGUCCUUUUGAGGAAGUGUCCCUGAGCAGCACAGCGCCAGCCUGAGGCUAGGGCACCUCGGGAGGGGACCGCAGGAGCUUGUGAAGCUAAGAAUGUCGGAGACCUCCGCACCUGCACUUGGAGGCAGGCGAGCCCUGCCCCGAAACGCCUCCAAUGCGGCAGAGGAUGACCUCCCCACUGUGGAGCUGCAGGGGCUGACCCCCCGGGGCUUCAACCUGCAAGACUACCUUAAUGUCACAAAUGUUCACCUGUUCAAGGAGAGAUGGGACAGCAACAAAGUGGACCACCACACUGACAAGUAUGAAAACAACCACCUGAUUGUACGUAGAGGACAGUCUUUCUUCAUUCAGAUUGACUUCAAUCGUCCAUACGACCCCAGAAGGGAUUUCUUCAGAGUGGAAUAUGUCAUUGGUCGCUACCCUCAGGAGAACAAGGGAACCUACAUCCCAGUUCCUGUCGUCUCACAGCUGCAGAAAGGCAAGUGGGGGGCCAAAGUUGUCAUGAGAGAGGACAGGUCUGUCCGGCUGUCCAUCCAGUCUUCUCCAGAGUGCAUUGUGGGGAAAUUCCGCAUGUAUGUUGCUGUCUGGACCCCCUAUGGCGUUCUCCGCACCAGCCGAAACCCAGAAACAGACACAUACAUUCUCUUCAAUCCUUGGUGUGAAGAGGAUGCUGUGUAUCUGGAUGAUGAUAAAGAAAGAGAAGAGUAUGUCCUGAAUGACAUCGGGGUUAUAUUUUAUGGAGACUUCAAUGACAUCAAGACUAGAAGCUGGAGCUAUGGUCAGUUUGAGGAUGGCAUCCUUGAUGCUUGCCUGUAUGUGAUGGAUAGAGCAGAAAUGGACCUUUCUGGUAGAGGGAAUCCCAUCAAGGUCAGCCGUGUUGGAUCUGCAAUGGUUAAUGCCAAAGAUGAUGAAGGUGUCCUUGUUGGAUCCUGGGACAACAUCUAUGCCUAUGGUGUUCCCCCAUCAGCCUGGACCGGAAGCGUUGACAUUCUGUUGGAAUACCAGAGUACUAAGAAUCCAGUCCGGUAUGGUCAGUGCUGGGUUUUUGCUGGUGUCUUUAACACAUUUUUGCGAUGCCUUGGGAUACCAGCGAGAGUUGUUACCAAUUAUUUCUCAGCCCAUGAUAAUGAUGCCAAUUUGCAAAUGGACAUCUUCCUGGAAGAAGAUGGGAACGUGAACUCCAAACUCACCAAGGAUUCGGUGUGGAACUACCACUGCUGGAAUGAAGCCUGGAUGACAAGGUCUGAUCUUCCUGUUGGAUUUGGAGGUUGGCAAGCCGUGGACAGCACCCCCCAGGAAAACAGUGAUGGGAUGUAUCGGUGUGGUCCAGCCUCUGUUCAAGCCAUUAAGCAUGGUCAUAUUUGCUUCCAGUUUGAUGCACCCUUUGUUUUUGCAGAGGUCAACAGUGAUCUCAUUUACAUUACAGUCAAGAAAGAUGGCACUCAUGUGGUUGAAAACGUUGAUACCACCCACAUUGGGAAAUUAAUUGUGACCAAAGAAGUUGGAGGAGAUGGCAUAAGGGAUAUUACUGAUACCUACAAAUUCCAAGAAGGCCAAGAAGAAGAGAGGCUGGCUCUAGAAACUGCACUGAUGUAUGGGGCUAAAAAGUCCCUCAACACAGAAGGCAUUGUCAAACCAAGGUCUGACGUGGACAUGGAUUUUGAAGUGGAGAAAGCUGUGCUGGGAAGAGACUUCAAGCUCACCAUCACCUUCCAGAACAACAGCCCCAACCAUUACACCCUCUCAGCCUAUCUCUCAGGCAACAUUGUCUUCUACACGGGAGUCUCCAAGACAGAAUUCAAGAAGGAGACAUUUGAAGUGACUCUGGAGCCCAUGUCCUUCAAGAAACAGGAAGUGCUGAUCAGAGCAGGCGAGUACAUGAGCCAGCUGCUAGAGCAAGGGUUCCUGCACUUCUUUGUCACAGCGCGUGUCAGUGAGACCAGGGACGUUCUGGCCAAGCAGAAAUCCACCGUGCUGGCGAUCCCCAAGCUCAUCAUCAAGGUCCGUGGCACUAGGAUGGUUGGUUCUGACAUGGUGGUGACAGUUGAAUUCACCAAUCCUCUAAAAGAAACUCUGCGAAAUGUUUGGAUAUACCUGGAUGGUCCUGGAGUGACAAAACCAAUGAGGAAGAUGUUCCGUGAAAUCCGGCCCAACUCCACUGUGCAAUGGGAAGAAGUUUGUCGACCCUGGGUGUCUGGCCCUCGGAAGCUGAUAGCUAGCAUGACCAGUGACUCCCUGAGACACGUGUAUGGCGAGCUGGAGUUGCAGAUUCAGAGACGACCUUCUGUGUAAACUGUGUAAAUGCACAGGGGGCUGAGAUGGACCCAGGCACUGAGCCCCUUGCAGCCUUGGCUAAGGAAAUUCUAAUGCAAAAAAUAGCUCUUGCUUUAACUUAGGUGUGAAGACCCAGCCAGGAUUUCAUGGGGCUCCAGAGUGGAGAUGCCAUGUAUUUCAAACACAACUUUUCAGUAUGACUAUUCAAUAUGGAAGUUAGUUUUUAAUCACUCCACCUUCCAAAGAAUUCUGAGCAUUAGCUUUAAUUAAGCUCUAAUUAAGCUCUCAUAGCUCAUAAGAGUAAAAGUCAUCAUUUAUCAUCACAAAUGGCUGCAGCUCCAAAUAUCAGAGGACUUCAUUUAACAAGGGGAUUUGCUCAAUACCUGGCUUCAUGUAAAACAAGACUCUGAUCUCCCACUCAGCCUUUUGGAGGUAGUAUACUCCCCAAAAGGGAGAGAAGCACAUGAUUUGGGCCCUAGAAUUCUAUUCCCCCUUUUUGGAAUUAGAUUCUACUCUCUGUGUCAGAAUAUUUUUCCCAGGAAUUGAGUACAACAUCAUUUUUCUUCUUGGCAAAGCCAGGGCAAGGUCUUUCAUGUUGCACCUGCAGCAAAGCAACUGCUUGCCAAAUUUCACAGAUUUACCUUCUGAGAAGAUGUGGCCCCGUAUUAACAAAUUGCAUUUGUGGGAAACUUAAUCACCUACGAGGAGAUAAGAUAGCAGGUGCAAUACUCAGAUCUAUUAAAUAAUGUAAUUUUAUGGUGAGUUCUAUAGGAGGUGUCACACUGUGGCCUGAUCAGCAGGAACCAAUAUCCCUUACUUUAACUCUUUUGGGACCACAAUACUAUAAAGCAACAAGGCUGAUUUGGGACAGGGAGAAUGAUGAAUUAAUCUCCUUAAUUAGUGAUUAUACUACAUGUGUCUCUCUGGGAUCCUUUCCUUCACACAAUAAUGCCAGCCCAAGUACAUUUUUAGAGAUAGAAUAAGCCCUAGAAGUUGGAGACUCUGGCAGAUUUGGUGGACAGACAUGUGGAAGGAUGAGCAGCCACUAAUUUCCUAUUGUCCUUCAUAUCACUCAUGUUGAGACAUCAGCUCAGGACUCAAGCACUGAAAGGUAAUAUGGACUCCAUCUUGCAAAUAGCCAGUGCUGCCACAGACCCAAUGACAGAGGAUGCUAACAACAUUUGUAUUAUGCUCCAAGAUUCCAACAGGCAAGGCUAUCUACUAUGGAUUUGCAAGCCUGAUUUAUGGCCAAAAUUACCCAUCGAUAAUGCCUAAGGUGUGAUUCUUAACAAAAACAAAAACAAAGUGGGAAAAGCCAUAGUGGAAUUUUCUGAUCUAUAUAACCACAUUUAUAAGCCUUUGAGACUGUUCCCAGCACCAGGAAUCCAUGAAGAGUAGGGGUCACCUCUAUAGUUGCAUCAUACCUAAUUCUAUUAAGUAAUCUCCCAGCCUUCCAAUACUCAAUUUUAAAAUGAAAUGCAUUUUGCUAUACUGUUAAACUGGCUUCAUAGAGUUUAUUCUUAUUAACUAGAGUGUAAUCGAAGCUUCAAAUAAAGUUCAUCUGAUUGUGUUUGCAUCUUCACAGAA